AGAUCAGAAAGCAAACAAACUGAUCCGGAAAUGGACUGGAUUCGAAGAUUUGAUUAAAAUGACAUUGAGUGAGCAGCUGGUCAUCUCUGCAAUGGCUGCAGAUAUUGAUAUAGCUUAUGGAAAAAAAGUGGGAACUAAUGAACCAUGCUUCAUUAUUGCCGAAAUCGGUCAGAACCAUCAAGGUGAUAUUGGAAUAGCUAAGAAACUAAUCAGUUGUGCAAAGAAAAGUGGAGCUGACUGUGUGAAAUUCCAAAAAUCUUGCUUAUCUGAAAAAUUUAAUGCUGAAGCUCUUAAUCGGCCUUACGAAAAUGAGAACUCUUGGGGUAAAACAUAUGGUGAACAUAAAAGAUUUUUGGAAUUUGAUCAGGAGCAGUUUAGAGAGUUGCAGCGAUAUGCUGAAGAAGAAGUUAGAAUAAUGUUCUCGGCAUCAGCAAUGGAUAUGGUAUCAGUUGAUAUUCUUGACUCUCUGAAUGUCCCAUUCAUAAAAAUUGGUUCUGGCGAUGCAAACAAUUUUCCCUUGUUGAGAUAUGCAGCAUUUAAGAAACGACCCAUGUUCAUAUCUACAGGUAUGACAAACAUGGAAAUAGUGAAAAAGAUAUAUCACUGUGUUCGACCCAUCUUUAGUAAAUUUUGUUUAUUGCACUGUGUUUCAUCAUAUCCUACAAAGCCCGAGGAAGUCAACUUGAGAGUUAUCACUACAUUCAAACAGGAAUUUCCUGAUAUCCAUAUUGGAUAUUCUGGACAUGAAGUUGGGAUAGCAAUUUCAACAGCUGCUAUUGCUAUGGGAUCCAAGGUGCUAGAGCGGCACAUAACGCUCAACAAGAGUUGGAAAGGAAGUGACCACAAAUGUUCGUUAACACCAGAGGAAUUUACAGAAAUGGUAACAAAUAUAAGAAUUGUGGAACAAGCACUAGGUAAUCCCCAAAAGAAGAUUCAGCCCAGUGAAUUACUGUGCUAUAAAAAGCUAGGUAAAACAUUGGUAGCUGGACGAGAUUUGAAGCUGGGGUAUUUACUGACACAACAUGAUAUUAAAAUUAAAGUAGCAGAACCCAAAGGGAUAAAGGCUGAAGACAUGGAACAUGUUCUUGGGAAAAAAUUAAUCAGAGAUAUUAAGAGAGAUGAAAGCAUAUGUUUAACAGAUCUGAUUGAAAUUCAAAGUCUAUCAAAUUUAACUGUUACACAACCAGAAAGUUAAAGAUAUCAGUGUUUAUAACUAGGAGCAAAAAAAUCAUUGUAAUGAGUGCUCUUAUUCUCAGUGGAGCACCUGCAUGAUCCGAAUAAUCUAUUGCGAUAACUCAGAUCUCUUCAUUUUAUGAUGUUCUGCAGGUCUGGAACCUUAACCCUAUGAGUAGGCAGGCCAAUUUUCAUAACACAAUAGGCACUUUGUACACAUCUAUAGUAUGUCUGUUGUUGUGUUACAAAGGUACACAAGUAUGAGCAAAAUCACAGCUUAACCUUGGUUUAAUUAAACAAUGAUAAAAUUAACUUAGAUUAUAUGAGCUAAAUCAUUGUUCAGCUAAACAAUAAUAAAUUAACUUUCAUUUAACCUCUCUGUUGCCACGCACUAGUGUUAGUCCACAAUAAUGAACCACUUGGAGCAUUAAACAGCACAGUUGCAUCACUGCGAGCUGAACACUUACUUGAUUACUUAUUAUCUUGUGCUGUUAGCUCAGAAUCUGGCUUAUUUUCUUGCACGGAUCGUAAAUUUUUUCUCACCUAGCUCGGUGUUUAUUUUAUAUAACUGCUGCUUGCUUCGACCUAUGACAACACAACUUAUCUCUGUGUUAGCUGAAGCAAUAACAAAGGAAUAAGUAUGGUCUUGCAAUUAUAAAACAACAAUGGAGUGGUACAAGACAAUCGUAUUUGUGGUUGGCGCACUUCAUAAAUAGGUGCACCUGCUCGAGGGUUAAUAUUAUUCUAAUUGUUCUGCGAGACACAAGAGAUAGAUCUAAUUAUCAUCUGUCGGAAGAUGAACUUGAGAAAAUCUGACAGGAACAGAAAUUAUGAAAGUAUAUGAAUAUUCAACUACUGCAAUUUUUAAGCAUUUUGCUAUCAGGGUAAAGAAACAAAAUGCAAAGAAAAGUAAGUUAAGAAUCCAUAGUUACUGAAUGGUUGAAAAAUCCCUGCAAAGUGUGAAUUAAGGGGUAUGUGAAAUUAAGGAACUGAGCUGGAAAUCAAAAGGGGCUCCAUACACUGAUAUCAAAGUACUAUCAAAGAUUGGAGCUCAACUUCGAAAGAGCGGAUAUAGAUGAAGCAGGAAGGAAAGGAAUGCCACAAAGAUUUUGGGGAAAGAUGAGAGAGAUCCAAAUUAGAUCUAAAAAGUGGCUUCCUAGAGCACAUUUAAAAUUAUCCAUCCUACCUUCCACUAAAUUUUACUUACAUUCUAUGUUCUCCUUCUCUUCUUCUAAUGUUUUAUUUCUGUCACUAUAGGUUUUUUUAUCUUUGUGUUUUAUUACCAUUGUUUACUCGUUCCUUUGCAAAUAUGCUCCACUCACCAUUUCUUUCAUUCUAUUUCUGUUUUCCCUAAUCUUUCAUAUUCAUCUACUUCAUUUGAGUUGUUUGAGGUUUGAUUUCUCAUUCUCAAACUCUUAAUAGUUUGCUAAAA